CAUUUGCCUGCCCACUCUUUUUUAAUAAAUAAUUUGCGUGGUCUUCCAUUAUAAAGCAUUCAGGAAGUGAAUUGAAAUGGAAUUGGACGGAAUCUAACGACUGACCUCGUGUGUUCCAGUUACGGAUAAUUGCACCUUCCCACGCUACGAACGGCAUGUCCAGAUCGAGACUUGGUUUCUUGAGUCAUUUUUAUUACUGUGCUGUGCAGUGAACCGCAUCGGUUGUUUUAUAUUGAUCCUACAAAAUGAGUCAUUUGGCCCUUUUUAUUUGAUUUUGUAGAAGUCUUGGUGAGUCAACCAACUCAUAUCAAAAAAGUAAACAAUAUUCUAAAUUUGAACUCUCAAACGGUUGCCCAUCUUAUACUAGAAAAUGUCUCGUCCUCGGCCCCAAUGGCAACUACAAGCCUUGGCUGCACAACGGAGGGAUAAUGAGCUUAGAAAAGCUGAGGAGUUAAAAAAAGUAGCCAAUUACUUCGAAGCCAACACAAACAAGUCGAGGCACCAUGAGCAGUGGACCACAGAGGGGUACUAUGAGAAGGCCAACCGAGAGGCCGAACUGCUUAGUGAAAGAAAGAUUAGAGCUGCACAGUUGGAAGAGAGAAGGAAGAAAUUGGAACUGAUGUUGUUUCAAGAAAAUAUGCAAUACCAACAAGAAUUGAAAAACUUGGCAGCUCAGCCGAAAUUCUUCAAAAAUGGUUCAUAUCUAAACAAAGUACCCACAUCAACCCUCCAAGAGAUCAACCAAGGCAUAGUGGACAAAGAGGAGCAGCUGAGGCGGCAGCAGGCUGAGCUGCGCCUGCACCACGCGUGGAGGCUGCGCCAGCCGGAGCUGAGGGCCGCCAGCUCCUACAUCGCCAGCGGGAAACUCAAGUCUGCUUGGAUGGAGCAGCUAGUGGAGAAAGAGAUGCAGAAGAAGAAAGAAGAAGAAGAAACCAGGAAGGUGUUACAGGAGCGAGACGCGGACCUGCGCCGACAGAUACAGAAAGAAGAGGAGCGGCUUAAAGAGAAAGAGCUACAAAUGAAGGAGCUCCGCGAAAGCCUGGAGGGUCAAAUAGCAGAAUUGAGCGAAAAAGAAGGCGCAGUAAAAAAACUGCGCAAAAUAGAAGAAAGAGAGAGGCUUAUCCUAGAGGAGUUGCAGUUUAUAUCGAGCGAGAGAGAGAAGGAACAUACGAGGCUGAAGGCGGAAAGAGACGCAGAUAUUGUGAACAUGGGUUUACAUAAAUACAAGUUGAAAAGGAAAGUGAUAUCGAUUUUGAAAGAAAUCGAUUUGGACCUGCAAAUGUUGGAGAAAAUGAAAGCAGCGGUUAUGAAGGAUGUGGAAACCCAACAAGAAAAAUGCGCCAAUCACAGGCGCGUGCUGGACUCCGCGCUGCAGCAGUUAGAGGAGCACCGCGAUAGAGAGCGACAGAGACAGAAGAACAUCGAGGCUAUGUACGACGGCGAGGCGAGGCAGAUCAAUGAGAAACAGGAUAAAAUGUGGGCUAAAGAACGCGAAGCACGCUCGUUACUCAUGCAAGAAGUACUAUCAGCUCUGAAGAGGCAGGUUGAAGAGAAAUUGGAGCUAAACAUACAGAAACAGAAGGCCAACGUUCUGGAGCGUGAGAAGAUUCUGGAAGACAUGGACAGCUUCCAUAAGGAAGUGAGGAGUAAGGAGCGAGAAACACAGCUGGUGAACUCGUCGUACGCUAGCGUGUCGGCGCUGCAGUCGCAGCUGCACAGGCUGCAGCAGCAGCAGCAGCAGCUGGCGGCCGCGCGCGCGCGCGAGCUCCGGCUGCGCGACGCGAGUGCGCACGACCGCAACAUCAGGCAGGAGAUUGCGAAGAUGCAACGCGAGGGAAGCGUUCAAGCUUGGACAUGAUUGGUUACACCAUUUGUAUUUUUUAUUUACAUUACCAGAAUCUUUCAUUUUUAUUUACCACAGCGGCGUAGUAUAAUUUGUAUCUAUUAGUAGGAAUUAUUACAUUACCACUGCGUAUUGGAUUACUGUUUAUUCAUAAAAAAAAUAAAUCUAAGUAUUAUAUAGUGCGAUAGUGAAAAAAUAUUUUUUUACCUUCAAAGUAUGCUUUAACUUUUUAUGAAUAAGGUUUACAAUAUGAAUAUUAAAUAUAAAUUAAUUAAUAUUGAAAUAUGGCAGUUACAUGGUGGCUCAGAUACGUUGUUGUUUCCAGAGAUAGUAGAUAGCGCCGCUAUUUACAGAAAUUUAAAUAUAUGGAGCAAUUUAAACAUACAUUGGGUAUCAUUGUAGUACCCAAGUCCUAUAAACAAACGAAGUGGUUUUUAUCACUUUGUUACAGUCUGUGUACCAACAUUUUGUUACAUUCUGUGUUUAUUCCAAUGUAUUUAUUAAGAUUGUACUUGUCAUAUUAGUUGAUAAUAAUUUUAGAAUAAGGAUAAAUUCAAGUCUGAGAGAGGUCUACCAAUGGCCUAAGUCAAACACGUGUGAUUUUGAGUGAUAUUAUUAUCUAAACAUAUUUUAAAAAAAUAGCAAUGUAUAUGUGGUGUAAUACGAGCAAUACUCUAUCGAUCAUGGUCGUGGCGGAAUUAAUGUACAUUGCUUAGUUUAUAAAUUAUAGUUUUGUAUAACGACAGGAAUUACCAGCAAUGUAGUUUGAUUCGCAACAAUCGCGAAGCUAAAUGUAAUUAUUUUACAACUAGAAGAUAUGAAAUAAAUAAGUAAUGUAUUUUGAUAUUCUUUCCAAAAUUGUUACAAAAUUGAUUUAAUUUGCAUGAUAUUAUAAGAAAAAAGAUUAUUUGUUUGGAAUAAAAUAAAUCACAUAUUUUUCAAAUA